UGCUUGGUUUCCUGAGGGGAGCGGCAUCUAGGGUCUUAAAUGAAUGGGGCCCCCAGCCAUGGCCCUGUCCCUGCCUCUGGGCCCUAGACUUGGCUCAGAGCCCCUCAACCACCCACCGGGAGCACCUAGGGAGCCGGACAUUGUUGGAUGCACCGUCUGCCCCGCGUCCGGAGAGGAGAGCACGAGCCCAGAGCAGGCCCAGACCCUGGGACAGGACUCCUUGGGCCCUCCUGAGCACUUCCAGGGUGGGCCAAGGGGCAAUGAGCCUGCCGCUCACCCCCCAAGAUGGUCAACACCCUCUUCCUACGAGGACCCAGCUGGGGGCAAGCACUGUGAGCACCCCAUCUCUGGCCUGGAGGUACUAGAGGCUGAGCAGAACAGCCUGCACCUGUGCCUGCUGGGGCUGGGCCGCCGGCUGCAGGACCUGGAGCAAGGCCCGGGGCACUGGGCAUUGGCCCAGAGUGGGAUGGUGCAGCUGCAGGCCCUCCAGGCGGACCUACGAGGGGCAGCUGAGCGUGUGGAGGCACUGCUAGCGUUUGGUGAGGGGCUGGCACAGCGGAGUGAGCCCAGGGCCUGGGCAGCCCUGGAGCAGAUCCUGCGGGCCCUGGGAGCUUACCGAGACUCCAUCUUCCGGCGGCUCUGGCAGCUGCAGGCCCAGCUGGUCAGCUACAGCCUGGUGUUCGAGGAGGCCAACACGCUGGACCAGGACUUGGAGGUCGAGGGAGACUCGGACUGGCCAGGACCUGGUGGGGUCUGGGGGACCUGGGCACCCAGUAGCCUCCCCACUUCCACAGAGUUGGAGUGGGAUCCGGCGGGGGACAUUGGGGGCCUUGGGCCCUUGGGACAAAAGACAGCCCGGACACUAGGAGUGCCCUGUGAGCUGUGUGGCCACAGGGGGCCCCAGGGCAGGGGACAAGGCCUUGAGGAAGCAAACAUGGAGUCUGGCCUCGGCCACCAGAAACGCUUAGCAGGUCACCAAAGACGCUCCCUGCUCCGGAAGCCUCAGGACAAGAAGAGGCAAGCAUCUCCUCAUCUCCAGGAUGUGAGGCUGGAGGGGAAUCCAGGGGCCUCCGAUCUUGCAUCCAGGCAGCCUCUGACCUUCCUCCUUAUCCUCUUCCUCUUCCUCCUCCUGGUGGGUGCCAUGUUUCUCCUGCCCCUGUCAGGAGGCCCCUGCUGCUCUAACGCCCGAAUACCGAGGACACCCUACCUGGUGCUCAGCUAUGUCAAUGGUCUUCCCCCAGUGUGAUGUGUGUAAUAAAUGGUCACUGUCAAAGGA